CUCACACUGUCUAGAACUCGACACUCUUGAUUCUCUAAUCUAGAACUUACUUCUUGAACCUUUCUGUGGUCUUCUCACCUUCUAGACAUAGACUCGACACUCUCGAAUCUAGAACUUACUUCGUGAACCUUCUUGCUCUCCUCCUAACCUUUGAAUCAGCUUAUUAAACGACUCAAGGUUCAAAUCUUUUCCCUCUUCCAACAACACACAGUCAACCAUGUCGAACCCAACUCAAACACCACCGCCAGCACCGGCCAAAGUGCACAAACUCGAAGACGAGGAGACUCCUCGCAGAAGCGACAUGGACAUUACGGGAUUGAAAGAUUUUGAUAGUAUCUCCCAAAUCUUUCCACAAAAACAAGGCGUAUGGCUCUGGGGAUCCAUUCAGGCUGGUCUGAUUCACGCCACGGAAGAGAUGGAGAACCCUGAGAAUAUACACUUGGAUCUUCGGAAAAUUCUUGAAACCCUCAAACUCAGAUAUGAGCGAGCGAAUGUACUUUUUAGGAAGGACUACUCCCGUAGCGAUCUCGGUCCAGAAGCGCACAAGUCGCAAGGGAAGUUUGAAGCUCUUAUAGAAGAAAUUAAGGGUCUGGAGCUGAUGGCCAAUAAUCGAAAGCGUUGAGCUCAAGUCGAGCAGGAGAAGGCGAAUAUCAGCAAUGAGCCCUCUGAAGCACUCCUCGAGACAGCCAAAUACCAAUUCUACGGUCACUAUGGCGACUAUUUAGCAUUGAUGAACCACGAGCUGAAGAACGAUCCUUUGCUCGCCGG